AUGCGAAGCAACUCUUUAGACUUUAGCAGUUUUGAAAGCAUGAAUACCCCCAUCAUAUACAAGAAGACGGAGAGGUCGCACGAGGAAAAUCAAGAGCGAGCCUAUAUCGCCGCCUCACGCCGCACAGAUCGCAGUCUUGAAGCGCGCGUGCAGUCAGCACGAAUGGCCAGCGAAAUCCACAAGAAACGCACUGGUAAAACCUUCCGCAUCACCGAAGAAAUUGUGCUUAACGAGGAGAUGUACGAAGAGGAAGAUGACGACCUCCCUCGCUCAUAUAGAGUUUUGAGUUCGGGCAGGCUGCAAAGCUCUACGAGUGAUACCAACAAUAGAGCAGAGGUAUAUCUGUCCAGCAGGGUCGCCCUGUCCACCAUGCUCGCCCGCACCAACGAUGAGUGGAGGCAGAACGACGUCAACCAGAGAUUCGCCGCGCUUUUCCCCCAGCAUGCGACUUUUGACACUCCGCGUCCAGCAUCAACCAUGUCGCCCUCGCCUCGAGCCCAACAGCCGCAGUUGCAACAGGCGCUCUUCCCUCCACGCCCCCGGGCCGUCUCUCAACAGUACCAGGACGUGCUGUCACACUCGGAGUCGUUUACACCUACCUCGACCAUCUACAAUCAACAGCACAGCUCUGCGCAACUGCACAGCCCUGAACAACAACACAGCCCUGCGCAGCACGAUAGAGCAUUUUCUGCCCCUUCUGGUGGCCAAUACCCACUCCAACACCCGAACUUCCUAAGACAAGACUCUGGCGUUGGUCUAACUGCAUCUCCGACCAACUUUGGCAACUCUCCAACCAACUUUGGCAAUUCUCCGACCAACUUUGGUAACUCUCCAAACAACUUUGGCAACUCUCCUUUAGCAGUCUCCCCCAUGGAGUUGGGAUCCAACCGAUCUGCAUUCACGUCGGAGCUGCCCCCAGAAGCUAGAAUGAUGAUGUUGGGAGGUGCUGGUAUGAACUCUGACUACGAGCCAGCAGCGCCCGGAAACUGGCCCAACAUGGACGGCUCAUAUUCCGAAUCUGAAGUCCCCCGCGGCUCAAAGUCUGAAGAAGAGACAGCGAUUUCUCCUAACAACGAAGGCUUUGACGCGACCAACCUUAGAUGGGAUCAAAUGAUGCAACCAAUGGACGAUUCGACCUGGAAUACUUUUAUUAACGAUAAUGCGUGGGCUGACGGUCAAUGA